GAACGCGGAACGGCGGAACGCUGUCGCAACUCAGUCAACUUAUUAAAUUUGGCAACCUUCAGGAUAGCCAUUGUGAUUUGUUAAUUUUCUUGCUCUUCCGUUCAUGGGUUCUCGCCGUUCAGGCGGUUACAUAUUCUCAGUUUAAAUUUCCCUGGAUGGGAUGAAAUCUACUAUUUCAUGACGUACCCAUCUAUUCCAAGAUGCAACUGGUUGUCAACUGUCCAGAUAUUCUUUUUAGCAUGCAUUUCCCUUUGUUCAAUAUUUUCCGAACUGUGGUCCAUAGGAUUUUACAUCUCCUCCCUAUCUGGAGUCUUCAGCUUAUUAGAAUCUCCUUCUGUGUUAGUUCGACCUCUACCUAAGGAUGUGAAACCCGAGAGGAGUCUUGUCUGUUAUAAGAACAAUUUAACCCAGUAUAAGAUGAUGCUUAAGUCAGAAAAAAUGGAAGGAAAUAUCCUAGUUGUUCAUAACUUAAAUAACAAUCAAAAAUCAAAAAUCAUAAAAGCUGCUGAGAGCAAGUUCCUGGAAUUAGAAGCCUCACUCACAGAAUUAAAUGAAGAACUCAAACUUGAAAAACAAAAAUCUACCAAAGAACAAAUUACAUUUAUUAGGACCUUGUCAGAUCUACAUAAUUUCAAUAGUAAUAAACAAAGGGACCUGGAAGCCAUCAUCGCAGAUCUGCGACGAGAUUUACACGCUGAGAAACUGCGGAGGUCAAAGCAGACAAACUUGAUUCAAGCUCUGACUUUGGCGAGUAGUCAUGCCAUUAGUCGUGCAAAUACUCUACAGCGUAAACUGGCGAAUAUUGAGGCUAAAGUAAAUAAGAGCAAGGCGCCAUGCCUAAAAGAUCAGCAGCAGCCUUAUUCAAAAAGUUUGGAAGAUAAGGAACUCCAGAGAAUCCAGAGAAUUUGUUUGACAAAUGCUGAACUACAAGAAGCAUGUGGUCGUAUGAAAACAGACCUGUUGCCAACCAAAUUACAGCUUUAUAAUGCGCUGCAAGACAGUCAAUUGCAGCACAAAAUAGAAACCCCUGUUAUUGGAUUGUCGAAACCCGAAGGGGAACAGAACGAUGGAUAACUUAGCCAGUCCUUGUUGUAUUUUUCAAUAUGACAACUAGAUCCGUCCAUUUUAUCAAGUGGGCAAAAAUUACAGUUAAAUUUCAUGGACCAAAUUGCUAACCGGUUUCAGCCGUAACAUGGAAUCGAAUUAAGCAACGGAUCUUUGGUCAUCUGGAAUCCAUUUGAAAGAAGGAGAUAUAAAGAAGGGAAAAAAGCAUCCAGUAGCAGCUUGGUAUCAUUUUCAGCUGAUGGAAGAGUCGUUGCUUCAACGGAUUUGACGAAUCUCCUGAUGGUCUGAUCGACUGAGAUUUGCCCCUUUCAACAAAUGUCACUUGGGUCAGGGCGUGAUGACUCGAAAAAAUAUUGGCUAGUUGUGAAUUCCACCUCAUGGAACACCUUAUGGAAGCAUGAGGUGAAUGCUGCUGUCUAGCUCUUUGUAGUCAUCAUUAUGCGAGUCCGUAAGUAAUAUUCAAACUAGCCGCUGCAGACACUGUAACAAAUCAGUUUUCUUCA